CCUCAUAGCCAGAUUUACAGAAACCAAACCAAAUUAAAGCAAUGGCCAUCAUGUCUGCCCAACUUAUAUUUUCCCUCACCUUAGCCUUCCUCGUCUCUGGAGCUCACUUGGCAACUGUAUCCAUUACAAACAAUUGUCCAUACACCGUUUGGCCAGGAACUCUCGCCAACGCUGAGCAUCCUCAAUUAGCAGAAACCGGGUUCGAGUUACCCUCUCGAGGAACAAAGACCCUCAACAUUCCUACUGGAUGGGCGGGCCGCUUCUGGGCCCGAACACAAUGCUCCGGCAACUUCAAGUGUGUCACUGCAGACUGCGGCUCAGGUCAAGUCGCAUGCAAUGGUAAAGGUGCAAUCCCACCUGCAUCCUUGGUCGAAAUAAAGUUCCAAACAGAAGACGGACAAGAUUACUACAAUCUUAGUCUCGUUGAUGGCUUUAACCUUCCUAUUGCUGUCGCCCCACAAAAUGGCAGUGGUCCUAAAUGUAUUAAACUCACAUGCUCAGCCAAUGUGAACGCGAAGUGCCCGGCGGAGCUACAAGUGAAAGGACCCAACGGAAAUGUGGUUAGUUGCAAGAGUGCAUGUGAACAAUUUAAAGACCCAAAGUACUGUUGCACUGAAGCUUUUAAAGAUAACUGCCCGCCAACGAACUACGCUACGAUUUUCAAGAACCAAUGCCCUCAAGCUUAUAGUUACCCUAAAGAUGAUGCUAGUAGCGUGUUUGCAUGCAAGGGGGCUAACUACGCUAUUACUUUCUGCCCAUAAGGGAUAC